UACAACCUCAAAUUUGAGUUUGUUAUUUUGAAAAUUUUGAGUUCUUUGUUGAUUAAAUAUUUAAUUUUUUAUGCUUAAAUUUUGCAACUGCCUAGAUAUUACUAGAUAGUUUAUGGAUCGGAAAAAAAUUUGUACACAAUCGGUCAAACUGAGCUGCGACGGUUUCGAUUUACUAGCCGGCGAGACAUGGAUUUAUCCAACGAAUUACCCAACCAGAGAAUACCAAUUCAAUAUUAUCCAAAAGGCAUUACUUAAAAACACAUUGGUGAGCCUUCCCACAGGAUUGGGUAAAACUUUUGUCGCUGCCGUGAUUAUGUACAAUUUUUAUCGGUGGUAUCCUCAGGGAAAAAUAAUUUUCAUGGCUCCUACAAAACCCCUGGUUAAGCAGCAAGUUGAUGCUUGUUAUGAUGUAAUGGCCAUACCAUCGGAGGUUACUGCAGAAUUAACUGGUGCUAAAACAUCUACGGCUAGAACAGACGUCUGGGCUGAAAAACGGGUGUUUUACAUUACACCUCAAGUGCUACAAAAUGAUUUGCACAGAAUAAGUGAACUGGGCCCACGAAUUAAGUGUCUGGUGUUUGAUGAAGCCCAUAAAGCCCGAGGCAAUCAUGCUUAUUGCGAAGUAAUUCGUCGACUGAUUGAUGGUGGUAACAAACAUUUUCGGGUUUUGGCGCUUAGUGCUACCCCAGGCGGUUCUGUCAAUGAUGUGUUGGAAGUUAUUCAGAAUUUGCUAAUUUCUCACAUCGAAUUCAGAACAGAGGAAAGUUUGGACGUACAGCAGUAUGUUUUUCAAAGGUCCCUGGAAACUGUGGUUGUACCUUUGAGUGAUAAACUACUGCAGGUUAGGGAUGAAUAUUUGAAAAUUUUAGAACAUUACACCAAAUCGUUGAGAAACUACAAAAUCGUUCAGGGCAAUUGCGGCUCCCUCACUAAAGGUAAAAUAUUUAUGUUGCUGAAAGAAUUUAAGAAGAAAACUAGAGGUACCCGGCCCUCCCAUUAUUCAGAAGUCAUGAAAAGCUUAAACAUUUGCGUCACCUUGUACCAUGCUUAUGAGUUGCUCAUCAGGCACGGUUUGAGAAACUUUUUAUCAUUUUUCCAAGAACAUCUCGAAAAGCCAUUGUUAAGGAGCAAUUACAUCUUAAGAGCAAUUGUGGACGAUGUCAGAGAUCACUUGGGUCCUAUACCAAACAUUGAAAUAUUACCGGAUGGAACAUAUCCAGAGAUUCCACACAAUGUUAAAUUUGGCCACCCCAAGUUUUACAAGCUCCGCGACGUUCUGGUCUCUCAUUUCUCAGAGGGUGAUCCAAACACCAGAGUGAUAGUGUUUUUUGAAUACAGAGAAUCGGUGAUGGAGGCUCAUAUGUUGCUACUCCAAUCCAGACCACUCGUUCAGCCAAAAAUAUUUCUUGGCAAAGGGUCUGGAAUUACUCAGAAGUUUCAGAUAGGGGUGGUUAAGGCUUUCAGAGAAGGCAAAUGCAACACUUUACUCUCCACGUGUAUCGGCGAAGAAGGUCUGGACGUAGGCGAAGUCGAUUUAAUCGUUUGUUUUGAUAUUUCGACGAAAUCACCUAUAAGAAUGGUGCAACGCAUGGGGAGAACGGGCAGGAAACGAAAGGGUAAAGUGUUGGUAUUGGUAACCGAGGGAAAAGAACAACAAACACUAAAAGACUGCUUAAUUCACAAAGACAACAUUUCGACCUUUGUAUUGGGAUCGAAACAGUUGACCACGGGUAUGUACCCUGGCAGUCCCAGAAUGGUUCCAGACGGGAUUACCCCAAAAUGCGAGAGAAUAUUUAUUACGGUGAAAAAAAAGGUGUUAUCCAAGAAAAACAAUUCAAUUAAGAAUCUAUUCAAUUCCAUAUCGAGCACUUCUUCAUCAGAGCCCAUGUUUUUGGAUGACAUACAAGUGGUAGAGGUGGACGAAAGGAUACCAAAAUGUGUAACGUUGUUUGAUAAAGAGGAACCUCUCAAUAUCAGUGGACACAGCUUUGAUACAUUCAGUAGGCACGUUGAAUCGCAACGAAAUUUGCAGACAUUCUAUACAAUCGGACCUUCAAAGCUAACAAGAGAAUGUGUAAAGCUUAUGCAGUAUGCAGAUUCAAAAAGAUUCAAUAUACCGACUCAGAUACAAGGUUUCAGUCAAAAUAAGGCUUUAAAGCAAGGAGACAUUAGAAGCAUGUUUCUUCAACCUAAUAGUCAACAACACUUUCAAACACCAUUUUCCAAAAUACCUCUAUCGAUCGACAAAAUAAUAUCAACCCAAAAUUUGAGAACUGAACGGGAAGCUUCCCCUCCACAUCCCAUAAUGUCUGGGAAAGAACUAUAUGCGCAGAUAUCAAAUUAUAUAUUUCUGCAUCUAUCGAGUACUCGAAAGUGCAAACAUUGCCCUGAUGGUUUCACCUGUGAAGACUAUACAAUCGCGUCUAACAGACCGGACGUGCAAAAUAAUAAUUGGAUCCCAUCGGAACAAAUUCUGAACAACAUCACUGCCGCUGAUAUCGCAGAUUUUACCAAAACUUUAGACCCGAACUACAAAGAAUCAGUUCCCUCGCCCACUGAUUAUAUGGAAAUAGGCGAGGACCAUACUUUAUUGGAACACAUAGACUUUACUCAUUUGGAGAGAAAUGCCGAGGAACAGUCGUUUAACUUUCAAGCACCGAAAACUCUGACCAAUAUUAUUGACAAAUUCGGAGAGCAAUUUUUUUAUUCUCAGAACGACAUAUCUGAGUUGCUGCACUUUUUCAUGCUACCUACUUUGCUUGACUUGUUCUGCGGUGCGGACAGUUCGCAAGAAACUGUUCUGUAUUCGCCAAACGUGAGCGCAGAAGAUUCCCCCAGGGGCGGAGAAUGUUUGGCUACAUCUCCUGAUUUGUCUUCGCAGGACCGUUUGAGGUCGAUCAGAAGAAAAGUCUUUGAGAAUACGAAGCGAACAGAAGUCCAAAAGCAGUUAGUUAAAGAACUUAACAUUAAAGAGGUGAGAACAACAAUUUGCAGUACUCCUAUCCGACAGAAGACAAGCUCUUUAUUAGUCACUCCUAGUAUGAGGCCCAAGAGCGAUAUCGACAUAUCAGACAUCUGCGAUGUCUCGAGUUUCGGGUUGAGCGAAAAAGACGUUAAAGCUGAUGUUAGCGAAUUUUGCGAUUUAUCGAUGUUCGGAAUUACGAUUGAAAAGAAAUCAGAUGUAAGAGAACGAAAUAAGGACAAUGCAAAUACUGACUACCCUAAAAAGAAUCUUGGACGAUCCUGUUCAAAGUUCACUAACAUUGUAGCUGAUGCGCAAGAGUCUGUCAAUUUAUUGAAUGCCACAGACAACUCCAGCAAAGAAAAAGAAAAGCCGAUUUGCCAAAGAGAUUAUAAUAGAUUAGAAAAGCUUAAUCAGAAUUCUGCUGUAAAAGAUAUACCAUAUUCAAAAUCCACUAAGACUUCGAUAAAUGCUCCAAGCACCUCCUUGUUGGAAGCUAAUUGUGGAAGCUUAUCCAAGGUAGGCGAUGAUGCGAGACCUGGCAAAAAAAAUUAUGAACAAGUCAAUACAAAGCCCAAGAAUUUAACCAACCAAGCUAGCACCAGUUGGUCUCUCCUUGACCAGAAGUUUGGCAAAGAUACAAACCCGCUCGAGAUUACCACUAAAGCUCAGAACCUAGGGGUUGAAACAGCAAGGUGUGAUAGAAAAACAGGUUUUGAGUUGGAUAAGCCUGAUCUAGCUUCUGAGGAUUCCGAUUCUGAUGUAACAUUUUGUGAACCACCUGCAGAAAAAGAGGAACCAGCUGCAGCAGGAUUGACUAAUAUUGAUGAUAAUCUGUUGGAUUUGGUUGAUGAAUCCAUAAUUGAAUUACUGACACAAACAAACAAGCCCCACAUUAAGGAGACGACGGUUGAUUUAACAAAAGAUAGUCCCGAAAAGCCUUUGCCCAAAAAAUUAUCUGCCCCGACCCAACUUUCCAUUACCCAAAUGUUGACACUGAUAAAUAAAAGUCAACAAAAGGAAAUAGGCAGCUCGCAGAAGGAAAACGAGUCGAACAAUAUCAAUCAAGCCAAGCUGAAAUCCUCCAGUUCGAGCGAACCAUCGAGUGCCGACAGUAGAAAUCGUACGUCAAAAAAAAAUUUGUUAAGUACCAAGAAAGAUAUCGACGGUGAAUUUUCUUUCCCUACUCCUAAAAAGAACCUCAAAAAACCGAAUGUGGACCCUUACCAAAUUAUUACUCAACGUGUAACAAACCGGAAAAGCGUGUUGGGCAACAUUCCAGACACGUCCAGCGACGAAGAAUUCGAAAAUCCCAAGAGAAAUCCUGUUUUCUUGAAACCCUUAUCUGAGACGGUAAAUACCAAGAGUAUGAGGAAUGGUAAUCCCAACGCGAGAUCAAGUAAAACUACCUCUAGGAAAAAGACUCGAAAAAAUCCAUUUAUAGAAGAAGAAGCUAAAUUAUCGGAAGAUGAGAACGUUUUCAUUUCGGACGACGAAUCCGACGGGGAACUAGAUGUUUAUGACUCAAGCUUUGUAAACGACGAAACGCAAAACAUGAACACCCAAAUGCAUCUUCACUAUUUAAAAUCAAUGAGAAGUCCGGCUCCAAGGCGCUUAAAAGUCCCAUCCAAGCCUCCGCUGCCUCUUGACAACAUUUACUCCCAAAACGUCGAUACUGAAAAUGAUGCGUAUAUAGAAGACUCGUUUGUCGUGGAUGCAAAAGACGAUGAGUUGACGCAACGCCACGAUCUUUCCGAACUGGAAAUUUUGGAGAGAAAGCUGAAGCAGAAGAAAAGGAAAAAAUCAGAGGAAAAGUCAAAAUCGGAUAAACCCAAACGAAGGAGGAUAGUGUCGAUUUCCAGCGACGACAGUACCUAAGAUUGAAACGUCAUUAAUUUCC